AUGGUGCUAAAUUAUCUAAUAUAUUACACGUGUGUGUCAUUGUUGAACGUUUUCCCUCUUACAGGUAAAUUUGAUGUUCACGUAGACCUUAAAGAUGAAUUGGAAGUGGAACAUGCAGUUAUGUUUGAAAGUGAAAGUGAUAGUAACUUUGAAAGUGACGUGGAAUCUAACAUUAAAGUUCCCGAUGUUGAUGUUCCUGAAGUUGAUAUGGAGGCUAACAUUAAAGUUCCUGAAGUUGAUGUGGAGGCUAACAUUGAAGUUCAUGAAGCUCCUGAAGUAGAUGCUAACAUUGAAGUUCCUUUAGUUCAAGAUAACAUUAAAGAAGAGAUUCAAGAUGAAGUGGAACAUGAAAUUCAAGUUAACAUUCAAGAAGAAGUUCAAGUUAACGUGGAAUAG